AGCCGCGUGAGGCACCGUCCCAGCUGAUGAAGCACGUGACAGAGUCAGGAAGCGUUGUGUUAAGACUGGCAAAAAAGGAUGGCUUCGAUCAUUAAAGAAACACAGAGCAUAAAAGAAGCAGUUGUAUUGAUCAAUGGCAUUGACUCUGGAAAAUUUCCCAGACUGUUGUCUCGAAUUCUUCAAAGGCUUCACUUAAAGGUAGAACGGUCUUUCAGUGAUGAGGAAGAGGAAAAACUACAGAUGGCACUGUCACUAGAGAAGUCAAAUCUUCAUCUUGUAAUAGAAACAGUCUCCUUCAUUUUAGAACAGGCUGUCUAUCACAAUAUAAAACCUGCAUCACUUCAGCAACAGCUAGAAAAUAUACAUCUCUCUCCUGAGAAAGCAGAGGCCUUUACGCAGAUAUGGGCAACUUCUGGUCAAGAAAGCAUAGAGAAAUUCAGGCAAAGAAUGUUUGCACCUAAAAAGCUUGAAAGCAUUGGAUGGCAACUCAGUCUUCAAAUGUCUCAGUCCUCUCAAGCUAAAGUUAAGUCACCGUGUGCUGUUUUAGAACUUGGGAUCAACAGUGAAGAUUCUGAGGACUCUGAAAAGAUGUUCUUAGAGUUUGAUCACAACAACCUUCUUCAUUUUUACAAUAAGCUUGAAACUAUUCAAUCACAGCUGGACUCCCUCACAUGAUGUCAUUAAACUUGGUAACAGCAGGCUGUGUGAUGUUAUUAACUGAAGACUCCAUGGAUCUAGAAGAACAGAUGCUAAAUGUAACCUUCUAAUAUCUAAUUAAUGUAGUAACCUUCCUGAUGUUGAGCAUUAAAAUAUUCUUUUCCUUUUCAAAGAAGGUUGUGUAAAACUAAUUCACAUUAUAUUAUCUUUUUUUACAUAAACUAAAAUCUGAUUUUUUUUUAAAGGA